AUGUUAACUGAAAAGUUAACUCCAGAAGAGAAAACGAAGUUAACUUAUACCAAAAGAUUGCAGAUGCACAAGCCAUAUGAUGCACUUGAAAGAUUUGUUACAAAAAUCAAGAAGAAGUUGGCAAACAUACAGGAGAACUUAUCUGUGCCUGCAGAAAUGAUAAUGGCACCAGGAGAUUCUAAAGUAUACAAUGAGGCGACAGAAUGCUAG